AUGAGGUGGAAUCUUGGGGUUGCGGGAGCUGCGAGUCUUCUACUAGCACACUCAGCAGCAGUCGAGUUGACUAUUGGGGAUGCAGCCUCCACAAAAGCCGCAGCUGGCACAAUUGCCUAUGGGUUGAUGAAGUACUACACGGGCAACAACACCGGAGAUACGCCGGGGAACCUCCCAGAUCCAUACUUUUGGUGGGAAGCUGGAGCCAUGUUUGGCACACUGAUAGACUACUGGGCUCUGACGGGGGACGCAACAUACAACAACGUAACAUCACAGGCCUUGCUUCACCAGGCUAGCGGCACGAGGGACUUCAUGCCGGCAAACCAGACCAGGACCGAGGGCAACGACGACCAGGGCUUCUGGGCCAUGGCGGCCAUGUCAGCGGCCGAGAACAACUUCCCGAACCCGCCGUCAGACCAACCGCAGUGGCUCGCCCUUGCCCAGGCCGUUUUCAACCAGUAUGCGUCGCGAUGGGACGAGAGUACGUGCGGAGGCGGGCUGCGGUGGCAGAUCUUCCAGUUCAACAACGGCUUCAACUACAAGAACACCAUUUCCAACGGCUGCUUCUUCAACCUAGCGGCGCGGCUGGCGCGGUUCACGGGCAACGAGACGUAUGCGGACUGGGCCACCAAGAUCUUCGCGUGGGAGGAAAGCGUGGGCCUCAUCACGCCGCAGUACGACAUCUACGACGGCGUCACCAUCAAGGACGGGUCGUGCAACGACACGGACAGGAUCCAGUGGAGCUACAACCACGGUAUCUUCAUCCACGGGGCGGCCGUCAUGCACAACGUGACGGGGGGCGCGGCGCUGUGGACCCAGCGGGUGCAGGGGAUUCUCAAGUCGACGCAGAACCUCUUCUACAACAACAGCACGGGGGUCGUGUUUGAGCAGUUCUGCGAGAUGCGCGGCUUCUGCGACAACGACCAGCGCAGCUUCAAGGGCUACCUGACGCGGUGGCUGGCGGGUACGGCGCAGAUGGUGUCGGACACGUUCGACCCCAUCCAGAAGAUGCUGCAGGCGUCGGCGGCGGCCGCCGCGCGUGCGUGCUCGGGGUCGCCGGCCGAGAACCUGUUCCGCGGGCUCCCCGGCACGGCAUGCGGCUUCCGGUGGGACCAGCCCUUCGACGGGUCCACGGGCGUCGGCGAGCAGAUGAACGCUCUCUCGGCUGUCAUGUACACACUCGUUAGCCGCGCCACCACCACCGUCACCGCCGAGUCGGGCGGCACCUCCAAGGGAGACCCCGGCGGCGGCGCCCAGGGCCCCGGUGGCGGCGGCCUGCCCUCCCAGAUCCUCUUGCCCAUCCCCCUCAGGGAGCGCGUUGCCGCGGGCUUUCUGACCGCUGGCUUCGUGUUUGGUGUUAUCGGGGGCAGCGCUUUCGUCAUGUUAUGA